UGAAACAGCGCCCCCUAGGCUACAGCAGCACCGCAGGAAACCGGAGCCGGAUGUGAGGUUUGAAAUACAUCAGCCCAGGACCGCGUUGGAUGCCUGGUUGAUACAGAGAUGAGCGGGGAAAAUAUAAAGUUGUUUGUUGGGAAUCUUCCUAUUGAUGCAACUCAGGAAGAACUGAAUAAGCUCUUUGCUCCAUAUGGAGAGAUCAACACCUGCUCCUUGCUCAGACAGUAUGCCUUCGUUACCCUGAAGGGAGAGGGGGCGGCAGACAGGGCCAUACGGCAUCUUGAUGGCAAAGAGUACAGAGGCAGACCACUGGUGGUUGAGGAGUCGCGUGCACGCCCACCCAAUUCCACUAAAGUGUUUGUCGGGAACCUUAGUGCAACAUGUUCAGCAGAUGAUUUGCAUGGGCUGUUCUCAACCUUUGGAAGAGUUUUAGACUGUGAUAAAGUAAAAGCCCGCUUAUGCUCAAAUGUUGGCUAUGCGUUUGUACAUAUGGAGAGGAAGGAGGAGGCCAUGGCAGCAAUUGAUGCACUCAAUGGGACCAUGUUCAAGGGUCGUCAGUUGGCUGUAGAGCUGUCCAAAGCCCAACCUUUGAUCAACCAGCUUGUAACAGGAGGGAAUUCAGCUACCCCUGGAGGUGACAGAGAGGGUCUUCUUCCCCGACCACCUCCAUCAUUGGAGCAUCAUCAGAGUCAGGCAGCUGUACUAGCUGCAGCUGCAGCAGCAGCUGCUGGACUACCCAUACAAGUUCAGCAAAGUGUUCAUAACUCAUUUUACAAUACAACAUCGUUUGACCCCACCUACGCUGCUCUCAAAGGCAUCACCAGUGCUAAAGGUGCAGAUGGGGUCAUAUAUGGUGCUCUUGCAAAUCAAGUUUAUGGAACUGUUGCUGACCAAGUUUACCAAGAAUUGACCAAUCACAAUCCAAGCACUGAAGAGGUAGAGCCACAGCCUGUGCCAGAUCCAACAGCAGUCUUUGAAGCAGCGAGGGCUAAGUUUUUUCAGGAAGGACAGAAGGUUCUGGCAGAGCAGCAGGCAGGGAGAAAGGCGGCAACAUCAUCGGAAAAUGAACGGGACCGCAGCCCCAUAAGAGGAAAUCGAGCACCCCUCCUCCCUGACCCUGUCCCAGGUUCCUUUGCUCAGAUACGACCCAAACGACGUGCCCUGCUGCCAACACCACCUGGAGCUCCAGAGGAAUCCACGGCUGCUACUACAGCUCCUGAAGGGUCAGAUCCUGUUGCUAGGUCGUACACAGAGUACUACCAGCAAAUGCAUCAAUACCAACAGUAUCAACAGUACCAGCAGCAGUACCAGUACCUCCAGUAUGCCUACACCAAUCCUCCACCACCACCUCCUCCUCCACCGGCCUCCACGCAGGCACAAGCCUCAACCACCGCUCCCGCACCCCCUGGGACAUACACAGCACCCCCAACUUAUGCUGCAUCGGAAGCCUAUGCUCCCCCAGGAACAUAUGACGCUUCUGGAAGUUAUGACACCUCAUCAGGAAACUACGACUCUUCAUCUGGGAAUUACGAUGCAUCUUCGGGAACCUACGACACCUCAGCAGCCUAUGAUACAUCUGGAGGCUACGGGGCAUCUGGAGCAUAUGAUUCAUCUGAAGCAUACGCAGCAGCAGGAAACUACUCCACAUCCACACCGUAUGAGCAGACACCCGCACACGGGCAACCCACGCCCCAGCGUCAUGAUUACCCUUACCACACGCCAGAGCCCCCUUAUCGAUAGUCCCACAGCCCACACACUCCUUACACACUGCUGAUGUGUGUGUGUGCACGAAUGUGUAUUUGGGUAAGGGACAGUUUUAAGAGGAAAAUCAGAGAGGAUGCAAGGUCAUAAUUCAAAUAUGCUUUAAAAUCUAAGGCAUUGGCCCAUACCGCCAUCUUGACUAAAUAGUUUGCUAGUUAUCUGAGACUUUGCUUGUAAGCAGAGUCUUUGGAAAAGUGGAGAUAAUUGCAGCAGAUACAGUUGGAAUUUUGUCCACAUUUAUGUUCUUUGUUAGACAUCGUAGAGGUACUGCUCGUUCCAUGUCGAAUGUUGAAGCUUUAAUGUUGCCUGGGGCAAAGUUAAGAGUCAGAGGCCAAGACUGAAUCUCCCUAGAAAACCUCUGUAGUUUGGUGCUGGGUCAAGGCCUUUUAUAUACUCUACUUAUCUUUUUUCAAAUUGAAAUGUACAUUCAGUUUAUUUAGACUUUAAAUAAUUUCAGGAAAGGCACACGAUUAGAAAUAUGGCUAUGAAAACAGCAUAUUCAAGCAGUUAACUUUUUUAUAUGGAUGAUCUGACUAAUUAGACUAAGUUGCCUUUGAGGUAUUUUGUAAAAGAAACAAUCUCCGUCGUCAUCCCUUUUUUUAACGCACAGCAAUCAUUUAGGAUGUAGGCUGGUGUUAACUCUUCAUUAUUACAACAAAUGUUUCUUGAAUUUUGUUGAGACGAAUUAUUGUAUGAAACAUGGUGGGUUAAAUGGCAGAAACGUCUCUGAUUAAUUCUGUUUUGGUCAGCAACACCAGUAACAACUGUACCCUCUAAUAAGAUUCUAAAACUGGCUCACAACUUUUCUGUAACUUGGGGGGAAAAAUAUCUGAGUAAUUUAUUGAGGGGCUAUUGUAGUUAUGAGUACCAGAUAAGUAUGCCUGUCCAAGGCCUUUUUAGAGUAUGUAACAAGCCUUUAGAAAAAUCCAGUACAGUACAGAGGCCUUGAAGUAGCAACCUGUCCAUCUGAGUGCUGAUUGAUACAUGCAGUACAUGUGCUCGAAAGGAGAGAAACUGAACUGAAAAAUAGGUUUGAGUGUUAAAUCAAAGUGAUUUUGUUUUUUACUGAAGAAGCGCCAGAAGGCACGUCUGACCAGGUAGCCUUAUAUACAUAUAUGAUUUUGUGCUCCUAGAAUGGGGCAUAAAAUUAGUUGGGAGCUUAACUCUGGGGCUGAAGGUAUAGUUUGUCACUCAGAUUGUGAGGCAGUCCACAUUACCCUGUAGCAUAUAAUAAACGGCGUUUGGCCCACUAGCUUAAAAAUUUCUUAAUUCGACUUGUUUUCGGGAUGAAAGAAUGACUCAUAGUAAUGGUGUCCAGUUAAGUGGAAGGGUGUUUCCCUGCCUUUUUCUGUUGUGACUGUGUGUGUGUGUGUGUGUGUGAUUAAGCAUGUUGGCGGUUUAAUCAAUAUGAGGGGAAGUAGUGUGAAAAUCCAGAGCCCUUGUUUUCAGAUUAAAUUAAGUACCUGAUUGGCUCUUCCCUUGAAGUGAUUUUCUUAUAAUUUACUUUGCUUGUUUGUUGCUUAGCCUAGACUGUAUCUGAAGGUCGGGCAAGACUAGGGUUGUUUAUACGUCUAAAACAUCAAAACAGACUGUUUAGGUCAUUUUAAAGUCCAGUAUUCUGUUGAAUUGUUUCUAAAAACAUUCUUUGAGAAAAACAAGUUGAAUGCAUCUAUGUACCAUUUAUAAUUUUAGGGCAUCCCCAGUUGUUUGAUAAGAGAUAUCUUUCGGUUGGUUUUGUACAUAUGUGAAUUUUUAUGAACAAGGAGUAAACUCGGCAAAAGACAUGACCCGUAAUAAUUAAGCAUUAUCAAUACUUAGAUUUUCAAUUUGUUUAUCUCAAUUUCUAAGUUCUUCUGUUUCUUUUUCUCCUUUGGGUAGUCUGUUGUCUUUUGAAACCUUGAGAUCAUUUCAUACUAGGCAACCUUUCACUUUGGUACUUCUGUAAAUAUCUCAACCCUUAUUUGAAUCGGAGAAAGCAACGAGAGAUGUCAGCCACCAUUUAGUAAGAAUAUUGACUGUUAGAAGAUGAAGUGAUUGUAUUUCUUAAACAGACUUGAUGAAGUUGGACAGCUGAAUUGUUCCAAACUUUGAAAAAGAGGCAGCCUCAUUUGUAUGCAUAAAAAGAAUUUGAAUGGUUUUGGGCCAUUGUGGUAGAUGUAUCAACUGAAUCUGCCAUUAAAAGUUAAAUUCGACAUCAAUUAUGAUUUGAAAUUAAGAAGAAGUUGUAGAAAGCAGUACAGAAGAAAAUUCUUCCUGAGUGUAGGGGUGUGGUUCUGAUGGUGAAUAUCAUAGGGUUAUUGACUGGGUGGGUAUGCAGUGACGUUCUUGGUAGUGCAGGUGAUAUGAGUCGUUUUCGAUUUCAUAAAGGCCACUGAUUCUUCUCAAGCAGCAGUAAGAAGGACUGAUGACCUUUCUGUUUCUCUCAUAUGAUCUCACCAAGGCACACCUCAUUUUGACACAUGCUUAGCGUUAUUGGCUUUUUCAGUAUUCAUAUUACAGUGAGACAACCAUUCAACUCUAACAUCUAGAUGUGUUCUAUCUUGGUUCAUUUUUACUCAUGCAAGGCAAACCACAUGUGCAAAUGAUGCUAAUGCAUACCUGGUUUCACCUAAAUCUUUAGACCUACAAUAGUUGCUCUGAUUGUACACAUUACUCAUCUUGUUUCUUAUCGGGCAUCUGAUAGUGCUGUGUUAGGGUUCAGUGACACAUAGCGACUCAACAUUUCCACAUUAUUCCACCUUCUCCAUUUGAACUGUUAGUUGCAUGCCUUGUUGUUGCUGCUGCUCCAGCCACCUUCUUCCUCUUGCUGAUUAUUGCAGCUAGAGUGGGAGGGAGCCAAACUGAGCCCUUGCCCUGGACGUACGCCACACGCAGCUGUAGAGUGGGAUGGGGAAAACAGCAGCGUUAGGCCUGAAACUGCUGUGGACGAUGGGGUGUCCCCCCACUAAGGUAAACACUCAGACCACACACUCCUGCCCCUCCCCGAAACACGCGUACACACAAGCAUACAAAUGCAGUACAGAACCACCGUUGUCGGUACUUAUUUCUCCUUACCUGUUUUCAGGGAUUCUCAUUUGUUAGGCUUUCAGAUUUCUGGAAAUCUAUCUCCUGAAUGGGAGAUUACCUUUUUCUUGCUUUUGAUGACCCUGCUUAUUUUCCUGUAUUUUUCUCCAAGCAUAAUCUGCUCAUACAUUCCUGCUCCCAACCUCACAAGUCGCAUACAGUCUUUUUGAAGACGUCAAUACCACCUUUAGUCUAAAUCUGAAGGCUUUCUGCAGACAUGUUAAUGCAGCCUGUCACUGAAGAGUGCCAGGCAAACACAUCCAGAACCGGAUUUGGGACAAUUAGGUAGGAUGCGUUGUUUUAGAUUUUGUUAAUGCAACCCUGCAGCCACUUUGGGGUUAAGUGCCUUGCGGAAGAGCACAUUGGUAAGCCCUCCAUUUUACAGUUGAAAAACCUGGCACUGGAUCGGUUGCUGGUUCAACGCUUGACUCCCCUUCUCCCAGAAAACGAUUUUUGAUGCCACAUUCAACUUGUAUGAAUGACAAUGAACACAAAAAUUACCAUGUUGUUUUAAAUUACUUUUUGUCCUUUGUUCUUUGAACUGUUUAAUUAUCAAUAAAGGAAUUUGAACUGAA